AUGCCGGAAGAGAAUUCGGGGUUGCAUCAGUUCUGGAAUACGCAGCCCGUACUGCAGCCGGGCACCACCGUGGCCCGUGCGGUAGGGCCGAUUGAAGCCGAGAUGUCUGUUGAUGAAGUCCCCGCCGAGCCGUUGGCAAUUGCCUCAACACUGGAGUGGUGGUCUCCUGACAUGAACAACCAGGAUGAUGUGCGAGCUAUCUACGAGCUGUUGCGUGACAACUACGUUGAGGAUGGAGAUAGUAUGUUUCGCUUUAACUACUCGGAGGAUUUCCUGCGCUGGGCACUCACACCUCCGGGGUAUCAUGACUCCUGGCAUGUGGCAGUCAGGCGUAAACGCGACCAGGCGUUGAUGGGAUUCGUCUCUGGCAUCCCAAUCACGAUGCGCAUGGGUACCCCGAAGGAAUUUUGCCUCAAAAAGAAGGGCACAGCAGAUAAGGAAGAACAAUGUGAAGAGAACAAUAAGGAUUUUGGUCAGGACGAGAAACGGUACCUCGAACCUCGCCCCAUCUGCGAGAUUAACUUCCUUUGUGUGCAUAAAUUAUUGCGGGCAAAGCGGUUGGCACCCAUCCUUAUCAAGGAGGUAACACGCCGAGUGCAUCUUAUGAACAUUUGGCAGGCUGUCUAUACAGCUGGUAGGUUGCUACCAACACCCUUUUCUACGGCGCGCUAUUUUCAUCGCAGCCUGAAUCCUGAAAAGCUUGUGGAGAUUAAAUUUAUGGGGGUGCCAGCACAAUAUCAUAAGUUUCAAAAUCCGUUGUCCAUGCUUAAGCGUGUCUUUGCACUUCCCGAAGAACCUAAAACACGUGGGCUUCGACCUAUGGAACCGAAAGACGUUCCACAAGUUGCGAAGUUGCUGCGUGACAAGCUGGCCAAGUGUGACGUCGCCCCCGUAUUUACUGAUGAGGAGGUGGCUCACUACACACUGCCCCGUAAGGGUGUAUUGGUGAGCUAUGUAGUGGAGCGUGUUCUCACUGGUGGCGAUGAUGAGCAUGCCUCUAGUCACGGCAAUCAGAACAACAACGGGGCCCAGAAGCGAAUCACUGACUUCUUUUCGUUCUUCUCACUUCCAUCGUCGGUGAUUGGAAAUAGCAAGUACUCCAUACUACAUGCAGCCUAUGUGUUUUACAAUGCAAACACAACACUUUCGCUGGAACAUCUCAUGAACAAUCUCCUUGUUGUGGCGCAUCAACAGGGCUAUGACGUUUGUAAUGUUGUGGAUAUACAUGACAACGGUGAGUACUUACAGGAACUCAAGUUUUCUCGUGGCGAUGGUGAUCUGCACUAUUACUUCUACAACUGGUCAUAUCCUACCUUGCAGCAGAAACAUGUAGGUUUGUUCAUGCUAUAG